CAGAGAGCCGAACUUUCCCGAACGAAUGCGCGCCGCCAGAAAUGGGACGACGACGACGCCACCGCCGCCACACCACCACCACCGCAUCGCCGCCGCCGCAGCAGCAGCAGAGCGCGACACUCUGCCGGCGUGUGACGAGCUGCUGCUGUUGCUGUGCGACUUGCCUUCGUUGCCGAAUGAAAGAGAUUUAGAGAGUAAAGAAGAAAAUAGCGACGAAAGAGUGACGGUGAAGAAGACAAACCGAGGGCAAAAGAGCGAACAAGUAAAUCGCGAAAACAAAAGAGCAAAUAAAAUACGCGAGAGAAAAAUGUCGGAGAAGGAAAAAGAAAUGCAGCGGGAGUUGGAGAUGCUGAAGAAAAAGGAGAGAGAGCGCGAGAAGGAGCUGGAAAAAGAGCUGCAGAGGCUGAAAGCAAAGCAGGUGAAAAGGGAGAAAGAGCUGGAGAAAGAGGUGGAGAGAUUGCGGAAGAAGGAAUGCCAGAUAGAGGAGGAAAAGAAGAAGGGAAUCGAGCAGAAGAAAUUGAAGGAAAAGCAGCUGGAAGAGGAGAGGGAAAGGGAAAGAGAGAAGCACAGGGAGAUGGAGAGGCGUAAGAAAGAGGAGAAGGAGAAGCUGAAGGAACUGGAGAAGCGAAAAAAAUUGCAGAAGCAGAAAGAAUCGGAGAGCAGAAAGGAGCUCGAGAGAAAGGAGAGCGAGAAGAUGAAAUUGGAAAAGCAGAAGGUAAAAGAGAAGAAGGAAGCUGAGAAGCAGAAGAAAGAGGCGGAGAAGAAGAUGGAAAGACAGGCGAGCCAGCAAAAGGGCAAAGAGAAAGAAUCGGUUUCCGUAUCGAUGACCACAAUCGACAAAAUCAAAGAAAAGAUCAAGUGAAAAAGAGACAUCCUUGAUUAGAUAUUGCUAAUUGGGUAAAAGUACAACAGUCUGACAUUGCCAAUUACGGAUUUCUUCUUAUCCUUCUCGGACGACCGAAAGUAUAUAUUCGUUUUGCUGUUGUCUAUUGAAACCUCAUGUAUAAGCUCCCGGUGAAAAGAAACGAUAGUAUGCUAGACGCACUAUUGUUUCGAUAACGUCUCUAUUUUAUUAAUCGAUCCAAGCACCGUUCAGCAUUAACACUACCUCGUAAGCGUUCAACUAAUGUGCCUUCAAUUUUUUAUACUUUUGUAACUGAAAACUUUCGAAACUCGGCGUUUCCACCGAAACGCGCUGUAACCCCGUAAGAAUUUUAUCCCUUGAAUAAACUGACUUUCCUGCAAA